CAAUCACCCGGCGGCUGCUUUGAUGUCGAAAGCCUUUGGCUGGGGCUCUCUGGGGCUCUCUCCCUGGCUCGCGCACUUACGAGCGCUCACUCUCUCGGGCGCUCCGUGCCUUUCCCAGCAGAAGCCUCUGGCGCUGCCGUCGCCGGUUUCUCGCCCAGGCAGGGCUGGCUGCUGCUACUUAGUCAAACUUUCCUGGGGCUGGGAGGGAGGAACGAAGCAGACACGGGGAGAAGAGGAGGAGGAGGAGAAGGAGGUGCGGGCUGGUCGCUGCUUUAAUCCCUCCGAUUGUCUCGGUCUCCCCUCGAGUUGCCGGCAGAUUCCCUUAAAAGUAAGGAGAGAGGGCUGCUCUCCUCGAGGGGCGCAGAGACCAGUAGCUGUAUUUCAAAGCGUCCCCUCCUCCUCCUCUCCACGCCCGGCCUUUAAUAUAUAUCUGUAAAUCCCCCAGUCGCCUUCCCCGACCAAGAAGUUCUCUUGUUGGUGGCGUGGCUCGGGCUGGGGGGGUGGGAAAGAAGGAGAGACAAAAUGCCCCAGCUCAACAGCGGCGGAGGCGAUGACUUGGGAGCCAAUGACGAGAUGCUCGCCUUUAAGGACGAAGGCGAGCAAGAGGAGAAGAUCCAGGCCAACGUCUUCACCGAGGGGGAUCUGGCUGACCUCAAGUCAUCGCUGGUGAAUGAGUCCGAAAGCACCGGCGGCGGCGGCGGCGGGGAAGGAGGCGGCGGCGGCGGCACCGGUAGCAGCACCACCACCAGCAGCCAGACUUCUAACGCCGCGGCCACAGUGGCGACAACAGCAGUAGCCCAUUCCGAGGCCAUCAGGCGCUUGCAGGAUCCUCAGAGGGUCUAUCAGGAGAAACUCCCGGAUCACAUGGAGGAUGGCUUAAAACAUCAGGACCCAGGGAUGUAUAAAGGAUCUUCUUACUCUGGAUACCCUUUCCUAAUGCUCUCAGAUGCUUACCUGCCAAAUGGAUCUAUGUCACCUUUGUCCAACAAGGUUCCUGUAGUGCAGCCGUCCCAUGGUGUCCAUCCACUCACGCCACUCAUCCCAUACAGCAAUGAACAUUUCAGCCAUGGCUCCCAUUCGCCACACCUGCCCGCUGACAUCAACCAGAAACAAGGUGUACACCGUCCUUCUCAAACAUCAGACAUUUCUGGUUUCUAUUCCCUCCCUCCUAGUGGAGUUGGACAGAUAACACCUUCUAUGGGAUGGCAGAGCCAGCCUGUCUGUCCUUUCCAGUCAUGUGGAUUUAGACAGCCCUAUACGUCGGCGCUCACUGCUGGGGCUUCUUUCUCUAGGAUCACACAUCCCUUGAUGCUCGGCUCUGGAAUGCACACCACAGGAAUCCCGCACCCGGGUAUCACAUCUCCCUCUGGGAAACAAGAGUUUGACCAUUACGACCGGAGCAUGAAAUCACAACCAGAACCAAAGAGAGAAAAGGAAGCCAAGAAGCCUACCAUCAAGAAGCCUCUGAACGCUUUCAUGCUGUAUAUGAAAGAGAUGCGGGGGACAGUCAUUGCUGAGUGCACCUUGAAAGAAAGUGCAGCCAUCAAUCAGAUAUUAGGAAGGCGGUGGCACGCGCUGUCACGGGAGGAACAAGCCAAGUACUAUGAACUGGCCCGCAAGGAAAGGCAGCUCCACAUGCAGCUCUACCCUGGCUGGUCUGCAAGAGAUAACUAUUCUUCUUCAGGCUCUUCGUCCCGUGAUCACACAAAGUUUAACUCAGGGCCCCUGGAAUUCAGCAGCACCUCGGGGCCGGUUUCUGCGGCAAGGGGGAAAAAGAAAAGACGAACAAGAGAAAAACAGCAAGACUCCAACUCAGAUCCUGCUUCUCCUAAGAAAUGCAGAGCUCGCUUUGGUCUCAACCAACAAAUGGACUGGUGUGGACCGUGCAGGAGGAAAAAGAAGUGCAUUCGGUACCUACAAGGAGAAGGACGCUGUGCCAGCCCAGUUUCUUCCGAUGGAAGUGCUAUAGAUUCCCCUCCCUCCCCCUUGGAUGUGCUGCAGUGCAUAUCCACUGCUUUUACUUCAGACAAGCUUGCUGCCCCUGCCGAUUUCACACACCAAAACCAAGCCAGUCCUUUCCCUGCGUCUACGUGUAUCAAAACUGCUACAAGCACAUCAGGACUCACUUCUAAAUGCUCAGCAGUGUCUCACACAUCUGUAGCACCCAGCGAAUCCUCAGGGUACAGUGUCCUAUCAAUAGGAACGUAGUACUCAUGCAGCAGUGACCAGCAAGGCCGGCAAAUUCAUCAGGCACUUUGAUGAGUGGUUUCACUACCUGUGGAAGCUGCCAGAGACAAGCCUACCAUGCCAUCAAAUGGCAGUCUCAAAGUCAGGAGAAAGCUGUCAAUAAUUGGAAAACAUCGGAGCACUGAAAGUGCUUUUUAUAAUGUAAGUAAGGACACACAGUGUCUCUCUUCAGAAGUAGGAACAAGGACAUAAAACUCCGUUCUGGUCAGUAACUUGAGAAUUUCUUUGUCUACCAAACCAGCUAAAACUGAAAUAGGACACCCAGAUUUUUAAAAGUAGCUAAGAGGUGCUAAAUGUUAGGCAUUCUUUUCUUUCUUACCGUUCAAAGACUUGCAUUUCAAUCAUAGUCCUCUUGUAGAUAUGACACAGGUAUGCCAAAGCAGCUGAAAGAACAGUGUGGUUUUGUUUUACACAAGCCUAGUUGCUUGAUAGGGGCAAUGUAAAGUAGCUGACCUGUCUGGCAUGAGAAUAUAUGGAAUAAAUUAUUAUGCCUCAUCUUGUGAGGUGAAAUGUUGAUUCCAGGUGAAAGUAUUCUUAAUACAUUUUGGAGGAGAUACCCACUGCUUGAAAACGAAUACUUAUCAAAAGAUAAAGGAAGCAUGCACAGGCUCCUUUACUGGUUUAAACUGUCAAGUAUUAUUUUCUUGUCACUACCUUUAAACAAUAAGUUACAACUCUUUUAUUGCCCCAUUUCUAUUCACUAUAUACACACUCUGGAAAACAGGGAUCUUUCUGCAGGGUUUUUAGUUUUGUUUCUGUACAAACUUAGUGUGCAUUUAUUAUGGCAAUGCUUUGCUUUUAUCACAGGCAUCUUUCACUUUCUAAACAAUAAUGUUGUAUUUUUGAACAUCUCCCUAACAGAUUAUUGUAGCUUUUGUAAAUUACAGCAAUGGAUUGCAGCUGCAAAAAAAAAGGCAUUCUACUGCAUUCCAAACAAAAAACA